GGACGCUGGUAGGUUGAACGAAGACAGAGGGAGGAACAAACUCAGAGCGGGGGACGAGUGUUUAAAAAAAUAUAGUCUUUAUUUUAUACGAUUUAGCCGCUAAACUUUGGUGAUUAUUCAACUUUUUACGUCGGCCGAAGGUAAAUAAGGAUGCCGGCUGCAAGGUUUCAAAUUGGAGAUAUUGUCAUGGGCCGCUGGCCUGGAAGUAGCCUCUAUUAUGAAGUCAAGGUGCUAAGUUACGACAGCAAGACUCGUCUCUACACCGUCAUUUACAUAAAAGAUGGCACUGAGCUGGAACUGAAGGACUCUGACAUUACGAGUCUGACGGUGUUUAAGCAGGGUGCUGGGCGCUCCCGGUCCAGAUCUCGUUCUCGUUCACCGGGACGCACUCGUCGUAGUCGCUCUCGUUCUCCAGCCAGGACGCCCCGCCGAUCUUCCACUCGCACAGCAGAGUUGCACAGGGAAAAACUCAGAGAUGUGCUGGAGGUCCGACUCACCCCUGUAGUAGUUUCACACGAAAACAACAGCAACAGUAAGCAUGACAAGAAAGAUAAAAAUAAUACAGCUACCAAAGUCAUUGAGCUACAGAAGACAGAGACUGAAUUUGAAAACCAGGCAGGUGGACGCUACAAUCUACGACGUAGGAAAGAUCAAGGUGAUGGCAAGCCUGAAGAAAAGGAGGAGGAGGAGGAGGAGAGACUGAUACUGGCUAAACCACCAGCUGCCAUUAAGACAACUGAUCUGGAGUUUGGAGGAAGAGUUGGUGUGUUCUUCUUGAUGUUGUUCCUGCCCGUGGCUGUGUUGGCACUACUUAUUCUCUGUGGGCAGAAAGAUGCCAGUCUCCAAAAUUUCCCUCUUCAACUUCCUCCACUUGAGUCUCUCUGGGAUUGGCAGGUCUUUGGCAUCGUCCUGCUCUGGCUUCUCUUCCAGGCUGUCCUCGCGCUGAUCCCUAUUGGAAAGGUUGUUGAGGGAAUGCCUCUCAAGAAUGGAGAAACUUUGAAAUAUAGGAUUAAUGGUUUCUAUGCACUGGUCCUUACCACUUUGGUAGUGGGUGUUGCUGUUUACCAGGAGGUGGAUCUCAGUUACAUCCAUGCUCACUUCCUGCAGUUUUACACCUCAGCCCUGGUCAUCGUCUCUCUUCUCAGCAUCUACCUGUUUGUCCGUUCACGCUGGGCCUCCAAACGUAAUCUUGCUCCUGGAGGAAACUCUGGUUAUAUCAUUUACGACUUCUUCAUGGGCCGAGAGCUGAAUCCCCGCAUCAAAAACUUUGAUAUCAAGUUCUUCUGUGAAAUGCGCCCAGGUCUGAUGGGUUGGGUACUGAUUAACUUUGCCAUGUUGCUUGCUGAGAUGAAGCACCAGAAUCUAGAAAAUCCAUCUCCGGCUAUGCUUCUGGUCAAUGGCUUCCAGCUCCUUUGGGUUGUUGAUGGUAUUUGGCAUGAGGAAAAACUUCUGACUAUGAUGGAUAUUGUGUAUGAUGGCUUUGGAUUUAUGUUGGCAUUUGGAGAUCUGGCUUUUGUUCCCUUUACGUUCACCUGUCAGGCAUACUAUCUUGUCAGUCAUCCCAAUGACCUUUCUGUGUUCUGGAUUGUCACUCUUAUCACCAUGAAUGGAGUUGGAUACUACAUUUUCCGAAAAGCCAACUCUCAGAAAUUUGCCUUUAGAAAGAACCCCUCUGACCCAGCAGUGUCUCACCUGAAAACUAUUCCUACUGCUACUGGAAAGAGUCUUUUAGUGUCUGGCCUUUGGGGGUUCGUCCGUCAUCCUAAUUACCUUGGUGACAUCAUUAUGGGAUUGGCCUGGUCUCUACCAUGCGGUUUUAACCAUUUGAUUCCUUACUUUUACCUGAUUUACUUGAUUACUCUGCUGGUGCAUCGUAAUGCACGAGAUGAGCGUCAGUGCAGGAAAAAGUACGGUUCUGCAUGGGAAGAAUACUGCAAAGCUGUCCCUUACCGCAUUUUUCCAAGGAUUUACUGACCACUCACGGACUCAAACCGUCCAGGACAAUCGGGGUAAAAAUAUUUCUCAGGAGGACACUGAACAUUAGUGUUUUAAAUCAAAGAAUUUCUUACAUACAAAACAUGAAUUUUAAACCAAAUUUACAGCUUUGUCAGAAAAAAACGUUUACGAAUUGUGGACACUACCCCAGUUCCUAAAUUGAAAAAAAAAAAAUGUAUAUUGUUGUACAGAUGUGUUUUCUACUCAAAAGAUUGUUUUGCCUAAUUCAUAAAUUCAUAGCAUAACUUCCCAUCUCAUCUUAUGUAGACACAUACACGUUUGAAGUAUUUGCUUGGCUAUUUACCACUUAAUAAUUUGUGUAAUGCUUUUGUAUAUUGUGUAUGAUGGGAUUUUUCUUUUGUAUGUGUAUAGUAAGAUGUGUAAUGUUCUUUCUCAGGACCAGAGAUUUGUGAAGAAACAAACCUAUAUUUUCUUAAUUUCUAAUCUGUACAUAUUUAAGACAACGUCUUUGGUUUGAUUUGCAUUUGAGGCAUUAUGCACUAUGCUAAAUUUCACUAAAGUUCACAAAUUUGGCUUUGCUACCUCAGAUUUCUCUUGUUCAAGGAAGUAAAAAGGAAGCUUUUGGUCAGUUUUUGGAAGCUGUGGUUUCACUCACGAGGUGAACUUUUUCAUUAUAUUUUGUAAAAAAAAAAAAAAAUAGAAAUGUGCUGUGAACAAAUAUUUUUAAGUGAGAUUUUUUAAUUUUAAAGGUAGCAUAAAUUGCUUUUUGAACUAUGGUUUUAAUUUAAAAUGACAGUGCAUGACUGAAUGUGUAAUGUAAGGCUUUUCUUAACUAUUGUAUUACUUUUAAAGACAUAAUAAUUGCUCUUACAGAAGUAUGUAUUAAGUGUUUAUAGCUGAAAGAAGCUGUUACUUUAUCACAGUAUAAAGAGGCAUUGUUUAAAUGUUAUUUUAGGGUGCUCAUGUGGUCAAAACUGUGUUAUUAUCUGACAAGCAAUUUUUGUAAAAAUGCCAUUAAUACACAUUCAGAAUUAAACCACUAUUGACAAAAGUCUUGCCACAAAAUUAAUUGUUAAAAUGCAAUUUUUAGAAGUUUUUCUCGUAGGUUAGGUUGAUUUUUUUAUAGAUGUUUAGCAUGAAUUCCUACUGUAGUUAUUAGAAUUUUUCCCAUUUUCAUUUUGCUCUUUUUCAUUAUUGUCAAUAAUUUCAUCACUCAUGACAUUGUGGCUUGCUAAAAAACUUUGUAAAAAAUUCUUAUUUUCCUGUCUAUUUUGUUAUUUUUUUGCAAGAAGAAAAACCUAACAAAGUUU